UUCCCCGGACUCUCCGUCAUUCUCCUUUCCCUUCAUUGACUUGCUGGCUGCUUUGACUCGCAAACGUAGUCGUGCUGAAAUUUCCUGCACUUACCCCUUCUCCGACCCACACUAUCCGAGCCACUUUACCCCGGACGAAAUAUCGGCCGAGAUGAGCAACCCGGGGGAUUACAGCGCCGUGCGACGCGACAUUGUCGCUCAACUGAAGAAGCCGGAUUAUGAUGAUGGCAGCGCCGGGCCUGUUUUCGUCCGUUUGGCAUGGCACUCCGCAGGUACCUACGACGCUGAAUCCGACACUGGCGGUACCAAUGGCGCCGGUAUGCGAUACGAAGCGGAGGGAGGCGAUCCCGCCAACGCGGGUCUCCAACACGGACGAGCCUUCCUGGAGCCGGUGAAGGAAAAGAACCCCUGGAUCACAUAUUCGGACCUGUGGACGCUAGCCGGCGUGGUGGCCGUCGAAGAGAUGGGUGGCCCCAAGGUUGCCUGGAAGCCCGGCCGAACCGAUCUGGUCGACGACUCGAAGGUGCCACCCCGGGGCCGGUUGCCCGACGGAGCCCAGGGCGCCGACCACCUCCGAUUUAUCUUCUACCGCAUGGGAUUCAACGACCAGGAGAUCGUGGCGCUGGCCGGUGGACAUAAUCUGGGACGGUGCCAUAUGGAUCGCAGCGGAUUCGAGGGUCCCUGGGUGAACAACCCGACUCGGUUCUCGAAUCAGUUCUUCAAGCUGCUUCUCAAGCUGGAGUGGAAGCCGCGGACGCUGUCGAACGGCGUGCAGCAGUUCAAUUAUGUGGAUCCCGAUGCCGACGAGGAUGACGAGCCGUUGAUGAUGCUGCCGACCGAUAUCUCGUUGAUCAUCGACCCGUCGUUCCGGCCAUGGGUGGAGCGAUAUGCGGAGGAUAAGGAUCUGUUCUUUGAUCACUUCGCUAAGGUGUUCGCCAAGCUGAUCGAGCUGGGAAUUCGGCGCGACGAGAAGGGCGUCAUUGUCAACACGGACAACGUCAAGGGCGGAUACGUGUCCGCAGCAAAGAAGAGCAACACCGCCACUGGGCCGCCGAAGAAUGAGGGUGGAUGUCCUCGAGCCCAGGGAGGGUGUCCUCGGGCUCGCCUAUAGUGUAUAUUUGGCUUUGAUGAAUGUUAAUUGUAGAUAGAAGUCCGGUCUGAGAAAGGCCCUGUUUAUUAGAUUUAGAACCGGUUUAUUUCGAAUACCAAG